UAUAUGUCCCCGUAACUUAGCGGUUCAGCAAAGGAGAGGGAUAGAAUAAGUGGAAAAUAAGAAAAGAGAAACAAAUAAGUGAUGAAAGCGUAAUCUAAUCUAUUUGGAAGAAUUUACUUCUUCGUUUCGGGCAAGCCAAUUUAACUUUUGUAUUUUCUAUAAUUGCUCUUCCGAAUUUGUAUUCCUUCGUUUUCCCCACAAUUAUUUAAAUAAUUAGCAAUUUUUGUCGUGUGAUGUAUGUUUGAUUUAGACCAUAGGCUGGACAUAAAUGAAUGCGCAAAUUAAUAUAGCUAAAGCAUGUUUUAAAGUGUAUUAAAUUGUGUUAGGGACACUUAACUUACGUCACCGAUAGUGUCAUUCAGGCGAGAGAUCAAUUAUCAAAGACCCAGCCAACUUGGUGUAUUUCAGCUGUGCUGAAUGUUCCAAUACAACGCGUCGUUCAAAAACAGAUUCCACUGGAAUAUCUUGUACCAGUCUAUGAAUGCUGUCUCCACCUGUAAUAUGUAUGUUUUCAGCCUACAUAACUUCUAUUAACGUAGACAUAGAAGUCUUUUGGUCUGCAAUAUGUGUGCCACUUGGUGAUGUUCCAACCAGCAAGAAACCUUCUUCUAGUAUUAUGUAGAAAAUAAUAUAUACAUUGAUAUAUUUUCCAAACAUUUAAACAAAGUUCCAUGAUUUGGCUAUCAUAAACAAAGCAAACUAUAAGAGAUUCUAUUCAAAGACAUUUUCUCAGUUUCAAGAAUUCUUCAAGUUUAAUAUGGACGAUGUUAACCUUUUGAACACUUCUAAAACAACUUCUGUGAAUGCCAGUGAUUUAAAGAAACACAAAAGUUUACACAAGAAGAAGAAACAGAUUGACUGUGAAAUAUGUGGAAAAUCAUUUCAUCAUAAAUCUUAUCUUGUUGUUCACAAACGUAGACACACGGGGGAAAAUCCCUUCCACUGUGAAAUCUGUGGAAAAUCAUUUGCCAUGAGUGGUACAUUAACGAGGCACAAACGAAUGCAUACUGGGGAAAAAUUUUAUCAUUGCGAAAUCUGCGGAAAGUCAUAUUCAAAAAAUAUUCACCUUGUUGUCCACAAAUGCAGCCACACGGGAGAAAAACCGUUCCACUGUGAAGAAUGUGGAAGAUCCUUUGUCACUAACAGUUCCUUAACAAAGCAUAAAAGGACACACACCGGAGAUAAACCUUUCCACUGUGAAAUAUGUGGAAAAACAUUUGCUCGGAAUUUCAGGCUUGUUAUCCACAGACGUACUCACACUGGGGAAAAGCCCUUCCACUGUGAAAUAUGUGGAAUGUCGUUUAUUGAGAAUAGUUCGUUAAUACGGCAUAAACGAAUUCACACUGGAGAAAGACCUUUCCACUGUGAAGUGUGUGGGAAAUCUUUCCCACAGAACGCACAGCUUGUAACUCACAUACGUAUUCACACUGGAGAGAAACCUUUCCACUGUGAAAUAUGUGAGAAAAGUUUUAUCACAAAUAGUAAAUUAAAAGUUCACUUAAGAUUUCACACUGGGGAAAAACUGUUUCACUGCGAUAUUUGUGGGAAAGGUUUUGUGCAUCAUUCUAAAUAUGUUGCCCAUAUGGGUAUUCACACCGGAGAAAAACCUUUCUGUUGUGAAAUAUGUGCGAAAUCUUUCACUGAUAAGACACAUCUAGUUGUUCACAAAAGAACACACACUGGAGAAAAACCCUUCCACUGUGAAGUAUGUGGAAAAUCAUUUGCUACGAAUACUCACCUUGUACUUCACAAGAAAAUACACACAAGCGAAAAAGCUUUUAUUUGUGAAAAAUGUGGUAAUUCAUUCAAUGAAAAGUCACAUUAUGUUGCUCACAAAAGAACACACAGUGGAGUAAAAGCAUUCUAUUGUGAGAUAUGUGGAAAAUCCUUCUCAAGUCCAUAUAAUGUUAUAGUUCACACUCGUAGUCAUACUGGAGAAAGGCCCUAUCAUUGUGAAACAUGUGAGAAAUCAUUUAUUUGUAAAAGUCAUUUGAAUAAGCAUAAACAAAUACACAGUGGAGAGAAGCCUUUUAAUAAUGAAACAUGAGAAACCUUUCCCAUGUAAACUUAACCUUAAAAUACACCCACAGCAAAGAAACAUAUAUGUCCAAGAUGAAAAUACUGAGGGGAUUUAUUGAAAACCUUCUCUAGAAAUAGAAGUAAAACAAACACAAUAACGGGGGAAAAAACAUGUAAAAUCUUUCCUAAUAAUUUGUGAUAAAUUAUUCCCAUUUAUUUGCAAAUAAAAAUUUCAUUUCUGAAAA